GUUCUUCUUUUGGAAGCGGGUGACGAAGAACCAGAAAUAGCAGAUGUUCCCGCGUUUCCGCCGCUGCUGCAACGUUCCAGCCUUGACUGGAGAUACGUGACACAACCAUCUCCGCACAGCUGCUUGGCCAGGGACAAUGGACAGUGUAACUGGGCUCGAGGCAAAGUUAUGGGUGGAACCUCCACCAUCAAUUACAUGAUUUACAUCCGAGGACAUCCCAAGGACUUCGACGAAUGGCAAGAAGAAGGCAACAAGGGGUGGUCUUAUGCCGACGUCCUGCCAUAUUUCAUCAAAUCCGAAGACAACAGGAAUCUAGGCAAGGUCGAAGCGUAUUACCAUGGAUCUGGCGGGUACCAAACUGUGGAAUAUUUCCCUUACCAAGACGAGAAUACACUGGCAAUCCUCAAGGCGUAUCAGGAAUUAGGUUUGGAAUACUUGGAUCAAAACACUGAAAGAAUGAUUGGAACUAGCCUGCUUCAACAUACCACUAGGGAUGGGGAAAGACUUAGUACCAACGGAGCGUUCAUAAGGCCCAUAAGAAACAACAGGAAGAAUUUGGCCGUACAACCCAAUUCACACGCCACCAGAGUACUCAUAGACCCUAAAACCAAAACUGCUUUCGGUGUAGAAUACCUCCAUAAAGGCAAGUUGGUUCAAGCAAUCGCACACAAGGAAGUUAUCCUUUCCGCUGGUUCCUUAAAUUCCCCGAUCCUACUCAUGUUGAGCGGUAUCGGACCAGCACACCACUUGGAGGAAAACAACAUCCACGUUCUAAAAGACCUAGCCGUAGGAUUCAACUUACAAGAUCACACUACCAUCGAUGGGGUUGUUUUCCAACUGACGAAUUAUUCCGCUACCAUUGUUUCCGACGAAGAGAGAAAGAAGGAUGUGUUCACCUGGAAACAAGCGCGAGAAGGUCCUUUAUCAGGCUCAGGACCGCUCCAAGCUAACGCGUUCAUACAAACCAAAUACGAGAAAGAACUCGGUAGACCAGAUAUACAAAUUUCUAUGGAUGCAGUCAACGUGGACAACUUCCUAAAAAAUCCUAUUCUAACGUACAAUACCGCAGUGUUACCCCUGGCUUAUUAUAAUGGUUUGAUGGCAAGACCCAUCUUACUGGGUCCGGAAAGCCGUGGUCGAGUCCUUCUGAAUAGUUCAGAUCCUGUUUUUGGCCACCCAGUGAUACACGCCAAUACGUUCUUCGAAGAAAUCGAUCUUCUGAGAAUCGUGGAAGGUGCCAAGCAGAGUUUGAAUCUUGAGAAUACCGAGAUUUUCAAACACUACGGAAUCGAAGUCAAUAGAACUCCUUUACCAGCAUGCGAGCACUUAUACUUUGGAACCGACGAGUACUGGGCGUGCGUGGCUAUGGCUUACACCACAACUAUUUUCCAUCCCGUAGGAACGUGCAAAAUGGGGCCUAAGCAUGACGUGAGUGCUGUGGUGGAUUCAGAGCUAAGAGUUCAUGGAAUAAAGAAUCUUAGAGUCAUCGACGCCUCGAUAAUGCCUAAGAUAGUGCAUGGUAAUACCAACGCAGCUGUGAUCAUGAUAGGGGAAAGGGGAAGCGAUUUUGUGAAGUCCGCAUGGCUUAAGGACAAUCACGGCAAUCAGGGUAAUCACGGCAGUCACGGGGAUUACAGUAAUCACGGCAAUCACGGGUACCCAGGCCAAUACUACGACACCGGGUUCGACUUUGAUGAACUGUACAGACACUUAUGAGACUAAGUUAAUUUAAUUUUGUACCACACUACACUAAAAAUGUUGCUCAGGAGUCAUCUGGUUCGUUUGUAUGAAGAAGUGAAUGAAAUAUAAAAGUAAAAGAAAAUUUGGUUUUUAAUACGGUUCAUAAUGUUUGUCAAAAUUCGUUGUUACUUGUCAAUUAAUCAACGACGUGUUGGUUUAAUGAAAGGUCUUUAAGGACAACAGUCUUAAGUUCCUCUCUUAAAAUUGAGACACCACGUGCAUUAAACUAGUUCUAGUUAGAUAUAGAAUUUUAAUGCACAUGGUGACAUGAUAUUUGUAAAUAAUUUUCAUUUUUUUAAACUUUUUUAUAAGGUGACUGAUAAAAUAUUCAAUACUGAAUGCCAAACAUUAAAUUAGCAUAAAGUUUCAAAAAGACAAAACCAAAGAUUUUUCUUUGAGUUAUAAAAUAAAAACUAAACAAGCCAUUUAUUUAUCAGUUACACUUUGCCACGUUUCAUAAAUAGGUAUGGAAUAAUAAUUUAUUUCCUAGUCAUAUAUAUAAUCAUAUAUUUUGUAUGCUGACCAUCAAACACUGAAGACAGUUCUUUAUUUUAAUAUAUCUGCCGUAAAUUGUAGAAGAUUUCACACUUUUUAUUUUUUUAUUUAUUAAUUUAGGGAAAAGAUUGAUGCAGUCACAUGUCUAAAAUACAUAUCAUCUAAGUAAUAAAUUGUUUCGCUUAGGUCUUUCAGAUUGGCUUUCUCAUUCUUUUGAGACAUAUUUAAUAUGUAUUUCAGAAUUUAGGUAUGGGAUGGAACCUUUACAGAUAGGAUAAGAAUUAUGACAGGCUAUGGCUAUUUCUAAUAUUGGUCGAUUUGUUGGUUUAUUUUCAUUACUUGUUUCUUUAUAUUGUUUGUCAUAUCUCUAUAAUUAAAUAUAAGUACAACACAUUGUAAAUACCUUAA